AUGACGUCGCGGUCGAUGGUUGCUGGACGUGAACAACCACACCCGUCUCGCUCCCGCUUGACUUUUCUGGGCAGCGAGAGCUUCAGCUUCGACCUUUGGUUCAGUCUGAUGCCAGCAGCGGAUGGAGAAGCGUUUGGUGGCAUUAUCUACGGCCUGCAGUCGUCCAGUCGGGAGAGUCGACGCUGGCCACACUUCCAUCAACAGUUCGUACUUGUGAGCUCUACUGGAGAUCUGUACUGCUCCAUCUUGGACUCGAGACCUGUAGUAGCGACGAAGCUGGACUCAAAUCGCUGGUAUCACCUCGCACUGACCUACGACAACGAAACACAGAGUCAAGACGUGUAUCUGGACGGCGCUAAGGUCCAUUCGAGUACCGGUACACUUCACAACGAGUGGGGUUACCUGACUCAUGAGCAGAUCGGCACGGGAUGCAUCACAGCUGGUAGUCUGCACGUCCCUCGCCCUUCCUACGUGGGUUGGUAUGGCUUCCACGGUAUCCUCGACGACUUUCGCGUCUGGAAUGGUAAAUUACUACAGGACGACGUGAAGCUACUGGCUCCACGACCGCUCUCGUGGGUAAAUGUCCAGCUGACUAUGUGCACUCGACCAACAGAAGGGAAACACAUGCAACUGGUAUCUUUUCAGUCGUCCAAACAGCCCAAUUGCACCAUCUCUUGA